GGAUCUCCAAUUCGGGGAGGAGGGAGGAAUAAAUACGUCCUAGUCGAUCAGCAGCAACAGCGGGUCACCGCCUCCUCGUGUUCUCUCUGCUGCUGCGUCUGCAUGCGCGAUGCCAGGCGAUGCGUGUGAGGUGAGACCGUGAGAGAGAAAAGAAACAGCGAGAGAGAGAUGAAGCCGUGAUUAAAAGAAGAGAGGAGAGGAGAGGAGAGGAGGAGAGGACCAGUUCGCUCGCGCUGCCCGCAACUCUCUCCUACCACCACCGCCCCCGGGGUGCCUCCUCACACACUUGGCGCGCGCCUCGAUUCAUUCCUCCUCUUCCUUCCCCCCUUCUUUUUCUUCCCCCACCUUGCUUGCAAUUGCCGCGGACCAAUGGCAGUUCAGGCGCAUUACCACCACCACCAUCACCACCAGCAGCAGCAUCAGCCUCCUCCUCUCUUCCUCGCCAGAGGCGUCGUCGUCUCGCCGGAGACCACCAGGCCGGCGGGCAUGGAGUAUCACUACCAGCAGCAUCAGCAGCCUCCCCUCUUCUUGGACUUCUCGCAUGGAGAUGGAGAUGGGGGCAACUCGAGGAAGCGGCCGCGAGAGGCGGAUGCGGCGGCGGCCAUGGUUGCUGCGCCGCCGCCGCAGAUGUUGUCGCUGCAGCCGCAGGCGCAGGCGCAGGGGCACAAGGUGGUGAGCCUGGCGCAGCUGCACAACAAGCGGCCGCCGGCGUCGACGGGGCUCCGCCUCGACUUCGACGACGGCGGGUCGGAGCACGUGUCGACGACGACCACCUCCUCCGCGUCGUCUCUCCUCUCCGACGAGCUCGCCACGCAGUUCGACCGGUGCAAGAACGAGAUGGCGCGUAUGUUCCAGGAUCAUACGGAGAGGCUGCGCCGCGCGCUGGGCGAGGUGAGGCGGCGGCACUACCGGUCGCUGCUCGGCGCGGCGGAGGCGGCGGCGGCGCGCCGGAUGAGGGAGAAGGAGGCGGAGGCCUCGAAUGCGGCGCGGCGCGGCGCCGAGCUGGAGGAGCGCGUCGCGCGGCUGCGGGCGGAGGCGGCGGCGUGGCAGGCGAAGGCGCUCGCCGACCAGUCCACCGCCGCGGCGCUCCACGCGCAGCUCCAGCAGGCGGCGGCGGCCGCGGCGCAGGCGAGGGGCAGCAAGUCGCCGGAGGACGACGACAACAUCAACCCCAACGCCGCCGCCGCGGACGACGCCGAGUCGGGGUUCGUCGACCCGGACAGAGUGGAGGAGGUGACCCCGCCGCCGCCGCCGUCGCGGCCGUGCCGGACGUGCCGGGCGAGGCCGUCCUCCGUCGUCCUCCUCCCCUGCCGCCACCUCUGCGUGUGCGAGGCGUGCGAGCCCGCCGUCUCCACCGCCAUCGCCGCCGCCUGCCCCACGUGCCGCGGCGCGGUCACCGGCACCGUGCAGGUCUUCAUCUCGUGAAAAAAAAGAAAACGAUUGGUACAGAAAUGCCUCGCCUUUUUUUUUUUUUUUUUUGCUCCCCUCCUCCUCGGGACAUGCAUGGCCAUUGAAAGCCAAACUCUGAACAAUGAAUGAAAAAUUGUAAAGUUUUAUUAGUAUUAGUUUCUUUUUUUUUUUUUGCAUUGCUUAAUCAAUUCGAUCUCUCUGUUAUCAGAUCAUAUUAGUCAAGACCAAAUGAUAAUUGGCAUCUUUCUGCUCGGUUGUAUCAUUAUUAGUCAAGAUCAUAUACUAUUUCAGAGGGUUAAUCACAGUCACUGACACUGGAUCGCUAUCGAUCUAGAGUGCAAUUUUUUUCUUCUUUUUACUGCGUUGUGUUGUGUGAUUUGGUCCGUUGUACAGUUGCUGCAGUAAAAAGUGCUGCGAGAUGUGUACCACCAGACA